GAUGACGGGGUGCAUUACUUCGAGGCGGUAGCGCUUCCGUUCGGAGGGAAGAGCUCCGUCACCGGAUUCAACCGCAUGGCCAGAUCCUUAAAGUUGAUAAUGUCUCGCCUUAUGUGGCUAGUGAACACCAGCUAUUAUGACGACUUUUGCCAGGUUGAGUGCGACGAGCUCUCUGAGUCUGCAUCCGAAACUGCCGAGCAAGAUGAAGGCCGUUUGGUCACGCGUGGAGCGGUUAUGUUUGACUUGGCCACGGGCUGCCAAGAGUUCUUCGGCGACGGAGUGCCUGGUUGGCUGGUCACCAAGUGGAGACGGACGCGUCUCAAGCAGUUGAUUUUCUUUGCUGAAAUCCUCCCAGUUCUUGUGGCCAAGCUUACGUGGAAGCAUGUAGUCAGCCGUCGCUUGUGCUUUUUCUACCUCGAUAAUGAGGCUACCCGGUCGUGCUUGAUUCGAUCUUUCUCUCCGGUGUGUGAUGCUACCGAUUUGCUUGUAUCAGUGGCCAAAGCAGAUUUGCAAUCACAUGCCAUGAGCUGGUACUCGCGUGUACCUACGAGGAGCAAUGUUUCAGAUGAUGCGUCCCGCUUGCAGUUCAGCCGGUACUUGCACAUGUUCCGGAAGGUGGAUCCGGUGUAUGAAGGCAUCAGGUAA